AUGGAAAUCUUAGUAUAUCGGUCGGAUCGGGUUUUUUCGGGUUUUGGGAGGAAAACCGAGACCGACCCGCCGGAGUCGGUUUUUGGAACAAAUGACCUGCCGCCGACCGGUGACUUGAUCGGGUCGGCCAGUUUUCGGGUUGGAUACAGUCGGAAUCUUCGGGUGGAUCGGGUCUUCGGAUUGGAUGGACAGCCCUACCUUCUAUGGACCCUAAGGUACAAACCAUGCACACUCCUAGAUGUUUCAAGAUGGGUAUGUGAUAUGAAGGAUAUGGAAAAUGUACAGAAAGAGGAGGUAAGCUUUCUUAAGGGGGGUUUCUUUAUUGCGCUUAAAGAUCAAAUGCACACCGUUAUGGAACUCAAGCCAGGCAAUAAUGGGCCUUCCAUACCUGCACAUAGGGCCUUACUGGUGACAAGAUCACAAAUAUUUAAGAAUAUGCUAGAGUCAGAUGUAUGUAAAGCGCCACCAAAGGACAAUAUAAUUACAAAAUUGUCUGAGUUAAACCAUGAAGAGCUCGAGUCUCUUCUGCAAUUCCUCUACACUGGGAGCUUGCCUGAAGAGAAAAUGGAGAAGCAUGUCUACUCACUAUCACUAGCAGCCGAUAAGUACGAAAUCCCAUACUUACAGAAGUUUUGUGAGCGACACAUGCUAAGGUCUUUGAAGUCAUCCAAUGCUCUUAAUGUACUAGAGAUCUCAGAUGUUUGUUCCUACCUAUCUUUGAAAGAGACAGCUUUGAAAUUCAUUGUCAAAAACAUUGAGGAUAUAGCCUUCUCAGAUAGAUAUGAUGAAUUUGCACUCAAGAAUCCGCAUCUUUGUGUUCAAAUUACAAGGGCAUCGUUGAUGGAAGCCAGGAAAAAUUGA